AUGGCCGACAUUGUCAGCCGGGCCGAGGCCACGGCCCGUGGCAAGCAGGACCCGCAGCCCAGCGAGAAGGCUCCCCCACGGCCAAGCGACAUGCCGUCCACGCCCUCCAAGGGCACGGGGCGCACCGACGUGAGCAUCCGCUCAGAUGCCAAGGAUCGGGUGCACCUGGAGGUGGAUACACCCAAGGGAAGGCGCGGCGCCGCCGCUGGCUCCGGCUCCGGCGGCUGGCCGCGCGAUGCUGAGGAGUGGAAGCGCCUGCUGUCCAAGGCGGCCCCCUGGCUGGCCGCCGCCGCCAUCGUGGCCGCCGCCGCCAUCGGCCAGAGCCAGCGCGAGAACGGGGAGACCGUGGGCGACAAGGCACGCCGCGGCCGCGACCGCGCCGCUGCCGCCGCCGAGGAGGGGGCUGAGGGUGCCAAGCGCGGCUGGUUUGGCUUCAAGGCAAGCCCGGGGCGCCGCACCGAGGGCGCCGCCGAGAGCGCCGGCGACAAGGCGCGGGAGGCCAAGCGUGCCGCCAGCAGGAAGGCUGAUGAGGCCAAGGGCGCCGCCAGCCGCGCGGCGGAGGCCGCCGCCGACACCGCCCGCGGCGCGGCGGGGCGCGCCGCCGGGCGCACCGUCGAGGCCGCCGAGGGCGCCAAGGCGGCCGUGCGGGACAGCGCCGAGGGGGCCAGGCGGGGCGCCGCUGACGUGGCCGCCAGCGUGAAGGAAGGCGCAGAGGGCGCCGCCGACAAGGCCGCUCAGAAGGCGGAGACUGGCUUCUUCAUGUGGAAGGAGGCCACCAAGGAUGUGAAGGAGCAGUACCACCGCAAGAAGGAGGAGGCAGCCCGCCUGGCGGCCGAGGCCGCCGAGGGCGUCAAGCACACCGCACACGACGUGGCCGAGGGCGCCAAGCACGGCGCACAGGCGGCGGGCCAGGCGGCUCACGAGGCCAAGGAUUGGACCAAGGCCAAGGCGGGGGACGCCGCUGACGUGGCGCGCCGCGCCGAGCACGCCGCCGAGGAUGCCGCCUACAAGGGCGUGAGCAAGGGCGUGGCCGAGGCGGGCUCCGCGGAGGAGAAGACUGGCAAGGCCAUGAAGGAGGCCGGCAAGCGCAUCGAGAAGCAGGGGCGCGAGACCAAGCAGUACUACCGUGGCGAGUCGGUGGACCCCGAGGCCUCCCCCAAGAAGAAGCGCUGGCUGUGGUUCUGGUGA